AUGGACCCUUUCUCGCCCCCGCUCCUGUCCCCGAGAAUGGAAGAGAAGCACACUCCUAGACCCCCUCCCGCUCAUGGGUUCGAUGGGUUCCUCCUUCCCAAGGGUCAUACCGAAGAUAAGGGAGACUCGCACACGAGACUGUCAGAGGAGUGGAAAAUGACCAGCGCAGUCUUGAAGGAGAAGCAAUCCAAUGCUGAGCUGUCCUCAGAGAAAGGCAGCGUGUCAAGAUUGCUGUUUGAUGGGAGCGACGAAGAGGAGGAGGAGGAGGAGGAGGAGGAGGAGGAGGAGAAUAUCGAUGUCAACUCAUUCACGGAUGAUGCAGAACUCCGUGACUUCUUUGAGUUCGAUUGCAACCAACACUCCGACAGAAGGCUCAAGCGAAGAAUCAAGUUUGCUCGCAGAACGAUUGCAAGGUUGCUCCAAGAAACAUCCAACCUAUCACAUGCCCUAGAGAUGUCGUCCAGCUCCCUGCAAGAGGCAAUCUCUUGCUGCGAACUGUCUUGCGGCUCAAUUGACCAGACUCACGUCAAGCUGAUUGGUCGCUUGCAGUUAUCUCAAGAUCUGCAGGAGCGAUACGAGAAGCUCUCGAUCUCGUUCCCAUCCAUUGCACAACGUGCAGAAAGCAUGAUGAAGACGCUGGACGAAUUUGCCCUAGACAAGAAGCGAUUCAGCGACGUCUAUGUGGAAUCUAUCAGCAAUCUUUCAGACCUUGUAGCAGAGCUGAUCGAAGAUCAAGCAAAAUUGGAGCAAAUGAAUGCCGAGAACUUGAAGCACAGUGGAGAUUUCAUGGAGGCCAAGAAUAGAUUGGACAGAUUAAAGGUUGCGCCGCAACUCUCACGAUCCAUGGCAGAGAAGCUGAUAGCUGCAAGACAGAAGACAGAAGACUACAAGAAUGUGAUCAGAGAGCUGCGUGAAGAGAGGAUCUCUUUGUCCCAAAAGUGCAAGGAGCUUCAGGAGAGGUUCAAUCAAGUGAACAUGAAGCCAGGGGAGCUUGUGAAGAUUCAACAGAGCAGAGUCAGACAGCUGCAGGCAGAGGCGCAAGAGAUGAGCAAUUCACUGCGUUUGCUGAUGUCAGAAAACCACAACCUGAGAUCAAAGGUAACGACUAUGACACGUGAGUCGAAGGAGCUCCGACACAGACUGCUGCUCUAUGAAGACAGGGUACCCCACGAGAGGAUAGCUCGAGCUGAAGACCAUGCGAGGGUGCGAAGAGGAAACGGCUGA